AAGACCCUGCUCAUCAGCACGCUGCACCGCCCCAUGGACAUCCACAUCUACCACCCCUACCGCCAGCCUGAUGUUCCCAACCAUCCCUGCAAGACCAACAACGCUGGAUGCAGCAACCUCUGCCUCCUCUCGCCGGGCGGGGGGCACAAGUGUGCUUGUCCCACCAACUUCUAUUUGGGCAGCGACGGCAAAACCUGCGUCUCCAACUGCACAGCCAGCCAGUUUGUCUGCAAGAAUGACAAGUGCAUCCCUUUCUGGUGGAAAUGCGACACAGAGGACGACUGCGGGGACCGCUCGGACGAGCCGGAGGACUGCCCUGAGUUCAAAUGCAGGCCAGGGCAGUUCCAGUGCUCCACUGGGAUCUGCACCAACCCAGCCUUCAUCUGCGAUGGGGACAACGACUGCCAGGACAACUCGGAUGAAGCCAACUGUGAUAUCCACGUCUGUCUGCCCAGCCAGUUCAAAUGCACCAACACCAACCGCUGCAUCCCCGGCAUCUUCCGCUGCAACGGGCAGGACAACUGUGGUGAUGGCGAGGAUGAGAAGGAUUGCCCGGAGGUGACUUGUGCUCCCAACCAGUUCCAGUGCGCGAUCACCAAGCGCUGCAUCCCCCGUGUCUGGGUGUGCGACCGGGACAACGACUGUGUCGAUGGCUCAGAUGAACCUGCCAACUGCACACAAAUGACGUGUGGUGUGGAUGAGUUCCGCUGCAAGGACUCGGGCCGGUGCAUCCCAGCGCGCUGGAAGUGCGACGGGGAGGACGACUGUGGGGACGGGUCCGACGAGCCCAAGGAGGAAUGCGACGAACGUACCUGUGAGCCCUACCAGUUCCGCUGCAAGAACAACCGCUGUGUGCCAGGUCGCUGGCAGUGCGACUACGACAACGACUGCGGGGACAACUCGGACGAGGAGAGCUGCACUCCCCGGCCGUGCUCCGAGAGCGAGUGCUCCUGCGCCAACGGCCGCUGCAUCGCCGGCAGGUGGAAGUGUGAUGGGGACCACGACUGUGCGGAUGGCUCCGAUGAGAAAGACUGCACGCCGCGCUGCGAGUUCGACCAGUUCCAGUGCAAGAACGGGCACUGCAUCCCCAUGCGCUGGCGCUGCGACGCCGAUGCUGACUGCAUGGACGGCACCGACGAGGAGAACUGCGGCACGGGGGUUCGCACAUGUCCCCUGGACGAGUUCCAGUGCAACAACACACUGUGCAAGCCCCUGGCCUGGAAGUGUGAUGGGGAGGAUGACUGCGGGGAUAACUCGGAUGAAAACCCCGAGGAGUGCUUGAAAUUCCAGUGUCCCCCCAACAGACCGUUCCGCUGCAAGAACGACCGGGUAUGUCUGUGGAUCGGUCGACAGUGCGACGGCAUUGACAACUGUGGAGACAACACGGAUGAGAAGGACUGCGAGUCACCCACAGCCAAGCCCAAGAGCUGCAGCCAGGACAAGAACGAGUUCCUGUGCGAGAACAAGAAAUGCAUCAGUGCCAACCUCCGCUGCAACUUCUUUGACGACUGUGGAGAUGGCUCUGAUGAGGAAUCCUGCUCCCAUGACCACAAGUCGUACGACUGCAUGACCAACACCACCAUGUGUGGGGAUGAGGCCCAGUGCAUUCAGUCGCAGUCCACCACGUACUGCACGUGUCGUAGAGGCUUCCAGAAGGUGCCACACAAGAAUUCCUGCCAAGAUGUCAACGAGUGCCUGCACUUUGGGACCUGCUCCCAGCUCUGCAACAACACCAAGGGCUCCCAUGUCUGCAGCUGCGCCAAGAACUUCAUGAAGACGGACAACAUGUGCAAAGCAGAAGGCUCCGAGCACCAAAUCCUCUACAUUGCGGAUGACAACAAGAUCCGGAGCAUGUACCCCUUCAACCCCAACUCUGCCUACGAGCCGGCCUUCCAGGGCGAUGAGAACGUGCGCAUCGAUGCCAUGGACAUCUACGUCAAGGGCAACAAGAUCUACUGGACCAACUGGCACACGGGCAGGAUCUCGUACCGGGAGCUGCCCGCCUCUUCCAGUGCUUCCACCGCCUCCAACCGCAACCGGCGCCAGAUCGACGGCGGUGUAACCCACCUCAAUAUCUCGGGGCUGAAGAUGCCGCGGGGAAUUGCCAUUGACUGGGUUGCUGGGAACAUCUACUGGACGGACUCGGGGCGGGAUGUCAUCGAGGUGGCGCAGAUGAAAGGCGAGAACCGCAAGACGCUCAUCUCGGGCAUGAUCGAUGAGCCCCACGCCAUCGUAGUCGACCCGCUUAGGGGGACUAUGUACUGGUCAGACUGGGGCAAUCACCCCAAGAUUGAGACAGCAGCUAUGGACGGGACGCUGCGCGAGACACUGGUGCAGGACAACAUCCAGUGGCCAACAGGCCUGGCUGUGGACUACCACAACGAGCGGCUCUACUGGGCUGAUGCCAAGCUCUCCGUCAUCGGCAGCAUCCGGCUCAAUGGCACCGACCCCGUCGUGGCCAUUGACAACAAGAAGGGGCUGAGCCAUCCUUUCAGCAUCGACAUCUUUGAGGACUACAUCUACGGUGUCACCUACAUCAACAACCGCAUCUUCAAGAUCCACAAGUUUGGGCACAAGGCUGUCACCAACCUGACGUCUGGCCUCAACCAUGCAACUGAUGUCGUGCUCUACCAUCAGUAUAAGCAACCAGAGGUGACCAACCCUUGUGACCGCAAGAAGUGCGAGUGGCUUUGCCUGCUCAGCCCCAGCGGCCCCGGCUGUACCUGCCCCAACGGACAAUGCUUUGACUACUGCGAGAACGAAGGGGUUUGCCAGAUGACAGCCAGCGGUGCCAAGCAGUGCCGCUGCCCUCCGCAGUGCCAGGAUAACAAAUGCUCCCGGUGCCAGGAGGGCAAGUGCAGCAUCAAUAAGCAGAGCGGAGAAGUCUCCUGCAU